GGCCUUUUGCAGUUAGGAACAGAUGGCUAGGAGCCUGGCGGAGGGUAUGUAUAUCUAUCCAUUGAACCCAUCCGGCUGCAUCCUGUAUCUAUCGACUUGCAGCAUUGCAGUAAUUAUAUGCAUGCAGCCUUACGGACGACAUGUUGACGUCAUUAUGCCGCAGGAGGGUACACCCCCUCGACGAUCUCGAAGAUCUCAAGAACAAUCGCCUCUACGCCCAGUGAGCUCUCUUUGAUGGAUCUCCUGACACGAGUUACAACUUGAACUGUAUUCAGAUGUCUUGCUGAGUUUGAUUCGCCAAUCCCUGGACUUUAAAUAUACUGACGCGGCCCCUCUGCUUCAUUCCUCGCCGACUCUCCGAUCAAGAGUAGGCCGUGUGAUUCUUUUGGUGACUUUGGGGAUUCUUUGACAAAUUGGUCAGAUCGUUAACUUGGUAUAAUUGAUUUCAUUUUACUAGUGUUCUUCUGUUGCAUGUAAUACAUACCCAGAAACCCUGUUGUCUGAUUGUUUUCACUUGUUUCAACUAUCUUGGCCAUGGCUUCAAAAUCCGUUAAUCACCCAGUUGAUCCGAAGGAGAAGGAUAAGGUAUGUUAGUUUUGAGCAGGAUAACUGGGUUUCAAGCUCACCACUUCCAAUGCAGGAUGUUGAUCAGAAGCUCCGACUCUUUGGGAUCUAUCAGGCUUUCAAAAAUGGGAAGCUUCCAUCGAAUAAACAAUGCGACGUUGUCUUGAAUAGCACCCUCAACUCCAAAUUCCUCUCUUCCCCACCAGAAGAACUGUCUGAUGAAGGGAAAGUCGUUGUCAAGGAUCUCAGGGAUGUUGUUGAGCAAGUCAAGAAACUGAUUCUGGGCAAAAACGAAGACCAGCUGUUACAAGAGUUCUCCUGGGAAGUUAGACACACCGCUACGCAGGAAGUUAAUAAGCCUGAUGGGGUUCUCGCUGAGAAGGAGGAGGUACCAUUGGAGAAGGAUGCCAAUCGAGCCCUGGAAGGCCUUAGGGCCCUCGGAAACCUGUUACUCACAAACGGAGAAUUUCGAAAACUUUUGCACGACGCGUCGCUUCUCUUACGGGAUAUUGCUGCCGAUGCUUCUCAAGAAGCUGCCAACAGAGUCCGGCCGUCCGAGGAACAGCUUGCUCAAACAAGCAAACCCGAACAACCAAAUGUCUGGCAUCAGAAGCCAGAGCCAUCGAAGAAGAAAGCCAAAGCCAAGAAGAAUAAAUCUGUCACUGUGGAUAACACCGGCACGACUGUCAGCACGACGACCACUGUCGCCACUGGCAGUCAUGAUAUUGGGACUGAAACUCGCACGUCUACUGGCCCUCAGCAGCCGGAGGAUCAAACGGCUGCUCGAAAAGGCAAAGACUAUUUAGCUGAGAAAAUUCCCCAAGAGCGGCGGGAACAGUUUACUUCGCGCUUAAGGAAGGUAAUGAUUGAGAUACAGGGCCGCAGUGAUUAUCAGCAGGCUAUCGACACACUUCUCACCCUAGCUGAGCAAUACAUCGGUCAUACUAAAGAGAUCGCUGAGAAAACAGCCGAAGCUUCUCAUGAAAUAGGGAGCACAGACAGCGCGAAAUUAGCACAGACUCAUCUACGUACUCUUAUUGAACGUUUUGCAAAUGGCACAUCGCUUGACGACUUUCUCGAAUCACUUAACAACAUUUACCGUGACGCAGACCAGGAUCCCGUACUCAAGGGAUGGUUCAAACAUUUGGACUCAUAUAUUCGUAAAUGUCUGAAAGAACAAGGGUUUGCUCUCCAAGAGGAGAGUAAACUUGAAUGGGAUGGGCUGUAUGACCAAGGUCGCUUCCUUCUCAGUGAACGUUAUAGUAACCAUGUCAACCGUAUCGUCGACGAGACUAAGUUUCUUGUCGAUCAAUUCAACCAAGAUCCGCUAAACAAAGCUUUAAGAGAUUCAGUGGGAAAGCUUCUCACUGACCUUGGUUGUCGUGAACAUGGGAAGAUUCGUGUCACGAAGAAUUUAUCGAGAGACUUUAUGGAUAUUAUCUUGCCCGCUAUUUUCGAGAAUAUUCGAUACAUUCCAAUUUCUCGCAUCGAGGUAGCGGAUCCUAUGGUCGAUGUGGUUAUUGAAAACCUCGUAAUUGAAAGCGAUAACUUGAUACCCAAUGUGUUUGAACUUGAUAAUGACAAUUAUGUUCGUUGGGGAAGAAAAACAAUUGCCAACAAGCGAGACCACAGGCUCAUGAUUGCUUUCUCUGGCGUCCAAGCUGAUUUCAGAGACGUCAGUUACUUCAUCAAGAAGAAGCAUGGAUUUCCUUCCCUCUCAGAUAUGGGAGUUUUGGACAUUCUCCUUGGUGGCGAGGGCUUUAGCUUCAAGAUCAUGGCCUCCAACGCCAAAGAGGACAACCAAGGGCAUUUCUUCACGGUAGAUGAUGUAUCCGUGAAGAUUCGAGAUCUGCGUAUCAAGGUCAGAAAGUCCAGGCACAAGGUUCUCUUCGCGGUGUUCAAGUCGAUCCUUCAUAAAGCCAUGCGCCCUGCCCUGGAGAAGGUGCUCGAAAACAGAAUCCGCGAGUUAUUCAACAGAGCCGAUGCCUUCGUAUACCAAGUGAACAGCGAUCUCAAAAAACAGACCCGAGAAGAGACUGCGCCCUCAGGAAACGCCUUCUCCCGAUACAUCAGUGUCGUACGCUACAGACUCGCGGAAAGAGCGAAGCAGGAGGAAGGCAAGUCCCAGGCCCCCGAGAGGGAGGUUAAUGUGACCGCUACGGAUGAGCAUUUGAUUUUCCCGGAUAUCAAACUGCCCCAUAGCCUAGCUGAACCUGCUACCCACUACAGGGAGCUCGCGACCCAGGGAGAACGUUGGGAGUCGCCUAUUUUUGACAUUUCCCAGGCUCCCCAGUCGACUGAUAUUCCCAGGGCAUCGUCUGUCACCAGAAAAUCACACGAGACCGCUGAAGGUAAAUUGAUAGAGAAGCCGCAGACUGCCAAUGGCCAUACCAAGGGCAAGGAUUCAAUCGGUGCGAAUGGCACCACUCAUGCUAACGGCACUACCAGUCCGUACCGGCAAGGGGAAAGUAUAGUCACUUCUACUCACAGUGACACCAUGAGUGGUAGUCUUCACCCAGGAGCUUCGACGGUCGUGCAGCGGACUGUCGAGAAGAACAAGGGGAAUGCUAGCGGUGAUUAAUGUUAUGAUUUUGAAGUUGGUCAAUACAGCAAGUAUACUGCAGGACAAGUCUGUCCACUAAUAGUAAUAUUAAGUUGCAGGAUUCAUGUUAUUCAUAUGAUUAUUUGUACUUUUAGUGUUGAUGUCUACUUUCUUCGUCUGUUUGUCUAUUAAUUCACCUGCUGGUUAUUUAAUUAAUCAUAUUAUUUGAUUUGAACUUGAU